AUGGCAUCCCAAAGCCGGGUCAUUUGCUGGAGCAUGACUACAGUCAUUGUCAUCCUGGCUGCAGUGAUCGCCCUGAUCAUUGGUUUUGGUGUCUCAGGAAAACACUCCAUCAGUGUGACGGCGCUGACGUCUCCAGGGAACAUCGGUCAGCGCAGCGUCCUGGGCUGCGCUUUUGAACCCGACAUCCGGAUGGACAGCAUAGCAAUCCAGUGGGCCAAGGAGGGGGUAGCUGGGCUGGUUCACGAGUUCAGGGGUGGGAAGGACCACCUGCAAGAGCAGGAUCCGUCAUUUCAGGGCCGCACGGCCGUGUUUGCGGAGCAGGUGAUGGGCGGGAAUGCUUCCCUGGAGCUGAGGGAUGUGCAGCUCUCCGAUGCUGGCACCUACCAGUGCUCUGUCACCACAGCCAGAGGGAGCGGGGCAGCGGUGCUGCGGUACAGGACAGGAGCCUUCAGCAUCCCCAUGGUGCAGGUGGAGAACAGCAGCCGUGGGGACACGCUGCAGUGCGAAGCCCCGCGCUGGUUCCCUCUCCCUGCCGUGCGCUGGAUGGCCCACGGUGACACUGGGGAGCACCUGCCCCAGGCUGCCAACACCAGCUACCAGCUGAACCCCGAAAACAUCACUGUGAAGGUGGUUUCCCUCCUGCACAGCAUCACUGCUAAUGCCACCUACACCUGCGUGAUUGAAAACAGCAUUGCCAAGGCUGUGGUCAACGUGAGAGUGACAGCCUCUCACAAUUCUUCUGCUACAGAUUUCAGCUUUACAAAGGUGAGCAACUUGCAGCUGGUGAACCUGAAUGCAGAGUCAGCGUCGUCCUCCUUUCCAGCCUGUCACUGGAUGCUUCUGCUUCCCUUGUACCUGCUGUCAGUAUGA